AUGGCAACCUCAACAGAAAGCAGGUCAUCCCUGCCAAUUCCCAGAGUUCAGCUUGAACUUGAGGAGCUACAAGAAAAUGCGGAAUUCAUCAAUCAACAACUUGAGCCAACGGAUCAUGGGCCUGCCGCUUGGAAAUUGUUGGGGACAGCAUUUGUCUUCGAAUCUUUGCUAUGGGGGUUCCCACUCUCAUUCGGAGUCUUCCAGAAUUAUUACUCGGAGCUCCCCGAAUUCGCCGGUAACCCAUAUAUCUCAGUGGUAGGCACUGUUGCCUCGGGAAUAUCAUACCUAGGAGCACCCUUUACAGCACCAUUCAUCAAGCGCUUCCAAAAAUACCAGCGACAGAUGAUCUGGGUUGGAUGGCCAAUAUGCAUAAUCGCACUAAUAAGCGGAUCCUUCGCCUCAACUCUCGAAACCCUCAUCCUCACCCAAGGCGUAGCCUACGGUGUCGGCUUUCUCAUCUUCUAUUACCCAAUCCUCAACAUGGUGAAUGAAUACUGGGUCGCGCGUCGCGGGAUGGCAUACGGACUCCUCUGCAGCGCAUCAGGUGUUUCCGGUGCUGUGAUGCCAUUCAUAAUGGAGAAGUUGUUGAACAAAUAUGGGUACCGGACGACACUGCGAGCUGUUGCUGUUGCACUAUUCGUACUGACAGGCCCAUUGAUACCCUUCUUAAAGGGCCGUCUGCCCGUCUCACGAUACACCGCAACAGCAACAGCUAGAUCAGACUGGAGUUUCCUUCGGUCUCCUCUGUUCUGGGUGUACUCUGGCUCGAACGUUGUGCAGGGACUGGGGUAUUUCUUUCCGUCGUUGUAUCUUCCUUCAUACGCUAGGUCGAUGGGGAUGAGUAGCACGAAGGGUGCACUGCUUCUUGCGUUGAUGAGUGUAUCGCAAGUGGCGGGUCAGUUCACCUUUGGACUUUUGUCUGACAGGAAGGUGUCUUCACCCGCCCUACCUAUGAGACUGGCAAGUCAGCAUCGUCAUGGAAACGCACGUGCGAUUGAUGUGACGGGUUUCAGUACUGGUGCUUACAACAUCUGCUGUACGGUCACUUUCGACGAUGGAUUCCGUGUACUUGUUCGGUUUCCCAUCCUAGGCCGGAGCCGGUUUCGUACUGAGAAGACUAGAAAUGAAAUAUCGGUGAUGAGGUAUCUUUCUCAACAGACCAAUAUUCCUGUCCCUCUUGUCAUUGGCGCGGGUCGUUGGGGAUGUGGGCCUUACAUUGUCAUGACAUUCAUCGAGGGGACCUUGUUGUCCAAGCGCAUCGAAAGCUCGCUUAGCUUAAAUUCAACCAUUUCAGGCCCUGAAAUUGAGCAUGCUCUUCAUGGAAUGGCCCGGAUUAUACUUGAACUAUCAAAAUCUACGUUCCCAUGUAUUGGGGCUCUCGUUCAAGAGUUGGGAGUGUGGAAAGUGGUGAAAAGACCAUUGACUCUCAAUAUGAAUGAGCUUGUGCGUGUUGGAAACAUUCCCCCGGAUAAAUUUGCGGGAGGGAGCUUUUGUAGCGCACACGACUAUUUUCAGGAGCUAGCAGCACAGCAGUUUAUUCACCUCAAAUACCAACGCAAUGAUGUCAUCGAGGAUGAGCUAGAUUGUCGAAAACGAUAUAUAGCUCGCUGUCUCUUUAGGAAAAUUGCUCAGAAAUUUUCUGCAGAAAGCCCGGGCCCUUUCCGCCUCUACUGUGAUGAUUUUCGACCAGGGAAUGUGCUUGUUUCCGGGCUAAAUCUCACAGUCACCGGUGUCAUCGAUUGGGAAUAUACAUAUGUGGCACCCGCUGAAUUCACAUACGCUGCGCCAUGGUGGCUUUUGUUUGAGAGCCCCGAGGCUUGGGAGCCGGAUCUGAAUGAGUUUCUAUCUCGGUACACUCCUCGCCUACAACUUUUUCUUAAAGUACUUCGUUUUUGCGAAGACCAGCAUAUUCAGCUACAGAAGAUGAACAGUUCUCAACGACUCUCAGACAAGAUGGCACAGUCAAUGGAUAAUGGUGUCUUUUGGUUUUGCCUUGCUGCAAGAAAAAGUUUUAUGUUUGAUGAUAUCUACUGGACAUUUCUUGACCAGAAAUACUUUGGCAGCGGGUCUCUUGAGGAUAGGCUUUUGCUUUUGUCGGAGGAAGAGUUGGAUGGACUGAAGGAAAUUGUUUUAUUAAAGAUAUAG